AUGCAUAGAUCAGGCUAUGUCUUAAAAACUGUUGGAGACGUGAGGGGAAUUUCCAUGGAAAUAAAUCAAUGGAAGGACUCAGUCUGGGGAAUAAGGGAAAAUCUCCAAGGGAAACUGGUAAAUCAGAACAAGGCUGAAAUACUCGAACCAAAAAGAUUGCGUGCACUUGUUUCUUCUACUCCAACACUUAGAUCAAUAAAUCUUAGCAUGUGCUCCCUUCUCACUUCUGCUAGUCUUUAUAUAUUGACUGAAUCAUUAAAGUCUCUUUUGAAAGAGUUGUACCUUGAUCAUUGCCUUGGCAUUGAUGCUGCACUAAUUGUGCCAGCACUAGUGGAGCUUGAACAUUUAGAAGUGUUGUCAGUGGCUGGCAUUCCAACUGUUAGCGAUACAUUUGUCAAGGAUUACAUCGUUGCACGUGGUCACAACAUGAAAGAGCUAAUUCUGAAGGAUUGCAUAAACUUGACUGAUGCAUCAAUAAAAGUCAUUAUUGCUGAACACUGUCCGGCAAUAUGUGGACUUGAUUUAUCAAAUGUGUGCAAAUUAACAGAUAUGUCUAUGGGAUAUCUUACAAACAUCUGUCAUGUACUUCAUUCACUGAAGCUUUGCCGUAACUCAUUCAGGCCAGACACAUGUAUUUUUAGUGCUUUAUUGCUACCCUCACUUUUCAUUGUGCACUUUUCCGACUUGUAUUUGUGA